UGUACGUUACUUUCUCCCAAAAAAAAUAGAGCUUUUAAAAUUUCAAAAAACUGGAUCACCCCACAGCUCAGAUUCCUAAGUUUCCAACCUAUAUACUAUCUUUCUAAAGCCUCUUUCCCCUAAUUCCCUCUCAAAUUUAUAAAAGCCUCUUUUCCUCUGCUUUCUAUACAUUUUACAAGUAUAUAACAACAAAACUAGACGGCGCCGGCACUAUCACGCCGCCGAUUAUCUUCUCCUAAGGGAAGAGAAAAAGAAAGAAAACCCAUAAUUCUCUUUCUUCUACCUACUUACAUAUCUGAAUUUAAUUGUCAAAAAUUCAGAAUUUGCUCUAUAAUGUGGCUGCUUUUUGUUUUUUAGCUAUGGUCGCAGAGUAAAAGAGUGAUAGGAAAAGAAAAAGAAUUGUUGGUUCUGUCCAAAGAUGCUGUGCAGAAAGAAUUCAGUUAGAUGUGGGCGUGGAACAGUGCCAGUGUAUCUAAAUGUGUACGAUCUCACUUCCAUUAAUGGUUAUGCUUAUUGGCUUGGUCUUGGUGUUUACCAUUCUGGUGUUCAAGUUCACGGCGUAGAGUAUGCAUUUGGAGCUCAUGAGUAUCCAACAACAGGGAUAUUUGAAGGAGAACCAAAACAGUGCGAGGGAUUUACGUUUAGGAAAGCAAUUCUGAUUGGAUGGACAGAGAUGACUCAUAGAGAAGUGAGGGGAGUAAUGGAAGAGCUUGCUGAGAAAUACAGAGGAAAUGCUUACAACCUUAUAACUAAGAAUUGUAACCAUUUCUGUAAUGAUGCUUGUCUUAAACUUACAGACAAUCCUAUCCCCAGUUGGGUAAAUCGACUUGCACGCAUCGGUUUAUUUUGCAAUUGCAUUAUUCCAGUGAGCUUGAACUCGACCAAAGUUGGCCACCAUCGGAUUGCAGACAAAGCAUGUGAUGAAGGGGAGAAGAAGAAACUUAGAAGCCGCUCUAAUAGACUGCCUCCAUCGACGGAUUCUUCUCCAUCUUCGGAGGAGAAGUCGUGUUCUCCGCCGCUUAUCAAAAGUAGAAGCAACAGAAGCCGAAGUCCAGUGCCUUCAUCUUCAGCCUUGAUAUCCACUUCAACAUAGGUUUCUUGAUAAUGAAGGCCACUCCACAUGAUUUGUUCUGUUCUACAUUUAUUCUUUUGCUCUCCACUUUACUUCAUAAAGCAAACAACUCUUGAAAUUUCUGUACAUGAAUGAUUUCUAUUAAAUUGGUGACAGCUUCCUUGCAUCACGACUCAAUGCAAUAGGUAGCUGCAUCAACAUUAAAUUUGA